AUGGAAAAAGACAAACUGAUUCAUAAAGUUUGCCAAGACACUAGUGAUAUAUUCACACGGUUGUUUGAUCAUCGCCCAUUCUUGAACGGCGAAGUUCAACAUUUUGUUCGAGAAUUUGAAGGGAAGAAGAAUAUCAAAGACAUAGGUCUUCUUCUGAAAAGCUGUGAAAAAUUGACAGAUAUAAAUGACUUGCUGAAUACUUCUGUUGGUGACAAUACCAAGGAAGUUAUCUCAAGUUUGUUGGAUAAUAUCUCAAAAACUACCACAUCACUUGAAGCAGUUUCUUCCCCAAAACCUCUUAACGAAAAUAAAUAUCUUUUGGACAAAGAAGCACUGCGGCAAAAAAAGAAGGAAGAGUUCUUUGAAAACUACAGAGAGAGAUUAUUGUCCUUAGAUAAUCUUGUCAAAGAAAAAGAAUUAGAGUUGCGAAACCAUUAUCAACAACUAGAAGAGAAUUUAAAAACCACCCUGUAA